GGGGGCGGCGGUUGUUUUUAAAGCCCGUCUCUUCCCCCGCCCCCCCAGCAGGAGGUGGGCGGGCGCAGGGCUCCCCUCUGCAGCCUGGGGGAAGGGGAGCUGGCCCCUUUGCUUUCUGCGUGGGGAUUCACCCGGCGGGCUGGGAGCACGAGCGAGCAGAUCCCGGGGCUCUGCGCGCGUGUGGCGGACGCAGCUCGCCCGCCGCAGGGACACGCCGACUCCUGCGUUGUUUACCGUGCGAGGGGAGGCAGGAAAUCAGAGGUGGGGGAAGCUGGGUAGAAGACCCCUUCCCCCUCCCACACCACGAGAAAACCAAGGUCCAGGCGCAGGGUCGGAUCCGCCCGGCGGGGGUCUGGACCCGGCUGGCCGCUGAGCCCGACCCUCUCCCCACGCUGCGAGGGCGGGGAGCGCUGCGUCCGCGGGGCCGGAGGGCUUGUGUACCGCGGCUGUCCCCGCCCCCCUCCAGUUUGGGGCCGGUCCCCUUCACGCACUAACCCGCCUUGUCUCCCUGGCCUGCGGCAGCCGCCGGUGAAGGGCGCUGCGCGGCGGCGCCCGGGAGAUGGAGGAGGAUACAGCUGGGGGAGGAGAGGCGGGGAGGAGGCACCAGCCGGCGGCGGCGGGCGGAGGAGGAGCAGGCGAGCCGAGGGAUGACAGGGGGAGCGGAGCGGGAGGAGGAGAGGGCAUGUGGGACCAGCUGCUGGACGGGCUCCGCAGCCGGGAUCAAAGAGGCAACAGCGGCGGCUGCAGCCCCUGCCCUAGCCCGGCCGAGAUGGCGCUGCACAAGCAGGAGCAGGCGGUGUCCGAAGCGAAGGGGUCCAAGGCGGAGGAGGAUGGCGAGGCAGCCGCGGCCAUGGGGCUGCAGGGGGCCGGGUCGGGCUUCCAGCCUCCCGAAGGCGGCUUCGGCUGGAUCGUGGUCUUCGCCGCCACCUGGUGCAACGGGUCCAUCUUCGGCAUCCAGAACUCCUUCGGGAUCCUCUACGUGAUGCUGCAGAGCGAUCUGGGCGGCGGCGAGAAGGACCCCACGCUGGAGUUCAAAACAGCGCUGGUUGGAGCCCUGGCCAUGGGGAUGAUUUUCUUCUGCUCGCCUAUUGUGAGUAUCUUCACUGACCGGAUUGGCUGCAGGACGACAGCAGCCUCGGGGGCAGCCAUCGCUUUUAUUGGACUCCUUUCCAGCUCUUUUACAAAGUCCCUUGAAGUCCGCUAUUUCACCUAUGGAAUCCUCUUUGGAUGCGGCAGUUCCUUUGCUUUCCAGCCCUCCCUGGUCAUCCUCGGCCACUACUUCAAACGCCGUCUAGGCUUGGUGAAUGGCAUCGUGGCCGGAGGGAGCUGCCUCUUCUCAAUGUCCCUUCCCUUCUUUUUGAAAACAAUCGGGAGCACCAUCGGGCUAGCUCAUACUUUCCAAGUUCUCAGCGCCUUUAUGUUCAUCCAGAUUCUCUUGUCUCUGACUUUCCGGCCCAUCUUGCCACCUUCUUGUGACUCUCACCAGGAUAGGCAAGAUAAACUGGCCAGCCGGAACAUGAAACAGCAGUGCGGGUCUCAGAUGCGGAAGUAUUUCAACAUGAGGGUUUUCCGGAGACAGACGUACCGAAUUUGGGCUUUUGGGAUUGCGACAGCCGUCCUGGGAUACUUUGUACCUUACGUGCAUCUGAUAAAGUAUGUGGAGGAGGAGUUUAAGGAAAACGAAAAGGAAUGGAUUCUCUUGGUUUGCCUUGGAGCCACAUCAGGGCUUGGGCGCUUGGUUUCUGGCCGGAUUGGUGACUGCAUUCCUGGACUGAAAAAGAUUUUCUUGCAGGUUGCCUCCUUUAUGCUUCUGGGCCUCAUGUGCAUGAUGAUCCCUCAGUGCCAAGCGUUUGAGGGGGUCAUUGUCGUCUGCCUCUUCCUCGGACUUUGUGAUGGAUUCUUUAUAACCAUCAUGGCCCCCAUAGCCUUUGAACUGGUUGGACCCAUGCAAGCUUCUCAAGCCAUUGGCUAUCUCCUGGGACUUAUGGCCAUUCCAAUGACAGCUGGCCCACCAAUAGCAGGAUACCUCCAUGAUUAUUUUGGGAAUUACUACCUAGCCUUUUACUUAGCUGGAGUUCCCCCAAUUAUUGGGGGCUUGGUCCUGUCUGUUGUUCCUCUGAUCCAUCAAAGAAUGCUCAAGAAGCAGCAGAUGGAUUCUGGCAAAGACAAGAUGUUGGUUUCAGAGACUGUCAUGAACGUUUCAGAUCCAUCCCAUCACACAGCGGUGUCAGUGCUGCUUGGAUGAUGCCUUGGAGUGGGAUUCCAUUCCAUGCCACCUCAGUUUAAUCUGCAAUUAACAAAUUCUCAGACUGUUUUUUGAUCCCAUGUGAAGGCAAAAGAAUUCCAAUGGGGGUAAUCUUUGUAUCUUUUGUGAGAGUGCUCUGUCUCUCCCUGUCCUUCAAAGAAUCUAUCUUUGAAGCUGUCAGCAUGCUUUUAUGGACCAUCAGUUAAUCUCGGUAGUAUGGUCUGCCAGCAGACUCGAAUUCCUGCUAUUCAUGUUAAUGUAUACUUGCUGUCCCAUGUUAAUGUACACCAAGAAGGGAACAGCCGCUUACUAUCUAAUCUUCUACCCAAAUUGGCUGAGGACAGUGAAGGUAAGUUAACACAUUGGCUACUUCAGAUGUGAGUUUCACUGGUCUCAACACUCCUGUCUUUCCAUCUGUUCUUGGAGUACGCUGCAUUGCAGUGGAAGAAUGCUUCUGACCACUUGCUGUGACUCAGUGUAUUACUGGUCCCCACCAAAGGUUUAGGGCUUUGGGUAACUGCAGGAAAAAGAGAGGGGGCUGAUAAAACAGAAAGGCAGAAAAGGAAGUAAAAAAAGAAUGAUUGGCUUUGCGCAGCUACUAUGGAUGGCCAGCUCCAUCCAUUCAAGCUUACUGCUUUGAAAGCCAGGAAUCUGUACCAUUUCCCAGUGCCUCAAUCUGUCAUUCAUCUCCGAUUUCUUGACCAGUAACUAAAUUAGUAGGCUUCCAAGCCAUCCAUUGCGAGGGAAAUUAAUGGGGGCUGUCUUAGGAUGCUGUAAUCAUUAAAAUACUAAAUUUGCAAGGCAACAAAAUUACUAGCAUUGAAUCCUCCAAGAGGAACAGUUAGUCGGAGCUGAGUCCUGAUGUUUACACAAGUCAGCAUUGGCCUGAGCCAUUCCCGUUGGUUAACUCCUCUUUUAGUAUUAUUUUUUUAACUAAGUUGCAGUAUGUGAGUUAGUUUCGCUCAGAAUUCUGAAUCCCCUAGUGUACCUGUAGGGCUGUCAAAACAUGUGCUGUGUGAGCAGAGGGGUAAUGCACUGCCGUGCAGAUGAACUCACGUGUGCCUGUUCUGUAUUACUCAACAAUAAUCAACAUGUCAGUGUUACGGGAGCUGUGGGAAAAGACCGAACAUUUUUUAAAAGCCACAUGGCUCCUUUUUUAAAAACAAAAAGUAGUCUGCUGCAGUAUUUAACUCUGUGCUCAUGCAGGAGCCCUGCAGUGGACAGAGUGAGAGCGGGGUUUGGGAGGGGCAGGGAUUGUGCAGAGGCCAGCAGUUGAGCUGGCUGGGUGUCCUAAGUGAUUUGCAUUGUGAGAGAGAAGCAUUCAGUCUUAGGGCUCGUCUACACUGGGAGGGUGGGAGGGGAUCGAUCUAAUAUAUGCAACUUCAGCAACGCUAUUUGCGUAGCUGAAGUCGAAGUAUCUUGGUUCGACUUACCUGGCCGUCCUCACGGCAGCGAGUCGACCGCCACGGUUCCCCCGUCGACUCUGCUUACUCCUCCUGCCGAGGUGGAGUAUGGGUGUCGAUUCGGGGAUCCAUUUUAUCGCGUCUAGAUGAGACACGAUAAAUCAAUCCCCGAUAGAUCGAUUACUACCUGCCGAUCUGGCGGGUAGUGUAGACGUGGCCUUAGUGCCACUGAUGCAAUAUGUGGCUUUUAUUCUCUGAACAUUUGUGUGCUGUGAACGGCUCUGUGCUUGAUGUAGGAAGAGUAGUGUCCGCUAUCCAGCUGGAUCGCUGCAAAUCAAAAUCGCCCGCAAGGCCUUGGUGACCUCUGCCCUCCUAUGAGCUUGCAGAGAGAGAGCAAAUUUGGCAGAAAUAGAGAACUCUGGGGUUGCAUUGAAUCUAGUUCAUAGAAUCAAAGACUUCAAUACAUCUUGAUCUCAGAGAGAAAGCGCAAUAAAAAUAAAUACAGCAGAAGUGAAUUCACAGCAUGGAAUGAAGGCAAAACUCAGCACUGCACAGAAGCUAGUUAUCACCAGGGCAGGGGGGGGCAAAUACAAUAUAGGGCUGAUGAGAAAGGGAGCUUCCCUAGCUCCACAUUUAUGAAACCAGUAAGCUGCUUGUUAACCAAGAGAAAUGAGGUUCCCUGUGGAUCUAUCUCCAGUGGGAGCCCUGAAUAUCUGAUAGGAAAUCUGAGUCACAGAUGAUUUUUCUAGGUUUCUGUAUUGGUGAUCAGUCAGUAGAGAGAGAUAUUGUUGGCCAAAAACAGAGAAAUUGGGUUCUAGAUGUGAAGUGAUUAUACAUCUACAAACUUUUUUUUUUUACAAGCCAUGAACUUCUUAAAAAAAAAAAAAUAGCUACCGUUAGAAAUGUUACAGCAAAAAUUUAACAGAUGGAUAUACUAUGGUAGCCUUUCUUUAUUCUCAUUGUGAGUGAAGAGUUCUGUAACCUUAAGACAAAACACUGAGCCAUAGACUUAUCCCCAGUCCAUGCCUACAGGUCCUGUUGACGUUCGCAUCGGUCGGAGUUUGGCAUAUGGAUUGAGGGCUCAAUAUGCCCCUUUUGCUUUACCAGCGUUGCCUGUAUAAGCUAAGGUCUUGUGUUCUGAUCUUUUGUAAAUUUCAGUCCCUGUAAUAUCUGGAGAACUAAAUGAUAUUUUGUAGCACUUACAACUUAACCCAAGCAAGAUGUGUGUCUUUUUUCCCCCGUCCUCAAAAGAUAUGCAUGCUUUUCUGUGACCUUAUUUACUGUUAUUCGAUUCACAUAGUCUAACAUACGAAGCAAAUUUGCUAAACUGAUUUCUUAUUUUGUGAUGUGUAUACCAGGAAGCAGGCGACACAGCAAGACUGGGCACAUAUCAGAGCCUGGGGAGAUUGCGUCACCUGCAUAGAUGCUUGUUGAACAGGCUUGUACUUCAUAUCCGUGCCUUGAUAUGGGCCAGACUGUGAUGCCCUUGUUCUUCUAAUAGUCCCAUCGACUUCAGUGGGAUUUCACGAUGGGAAUUUUUUUAUUCCAUUGAAGUCAAAGGGACCAUUGGUAAAGUAAGAGCAUCACAGUCUGACCAUAAAUCUCCUAGGAGAAGAAGCGAAGAGGACUUUGCAUUGCAAAUCCCUUCAUGUCCUGUGGGGGCAAGUGUAUGUAUGUCCUGCUGGGGUGGGGGGUGUCUUAUGGGGCGGGGUGUGUGUGUGCGCGCGCGACGUCUCUGUUAGCUGAGGGUUUUUUUAGCUUAUUCUCAAUUUUGGGGCUUGAAGAGGUGGAAGGGGGGUUAAUUUUAAAAAGAGGAUAUAACUGACCUGUAAAAGUACAAGCAGUGCUGUCUCAACACCAGCUCUGAAACAGUAAACAGAUGCAUGUCAGGGUUCAUAAGUAAUUGACUACACAUACUGAUAUCAAACAAUAAGGCACUCUGUGUCAUCUGCAGAUUAAUUCUAAAUAGUAAUACUUUUCUGACUCCUAGGAGACCAAUUAUAGAUAAGUCCAGAAUUGUCUCAGAAUUGCAUGCCCCAAUACUCUCCUUACCUGUAAAGAUCUCCCAUUGAGCGAUAAUCCACUUUCUGAAAACUCUCAAAGCACAUGGGUUCUUAUGUGCUAGAACAGGGGUUCUCAAACGGGGGGUCGGGACCCCUCGGGGUCACGAGGUUAUUACAUGGAGGGGUCACGAGCUGUCAACCUCCACCCCAAACUCCGCUUUGCCGCCAGCAUUUAUAAUGGUGUUAAAUAUAUUAAAAGUGUUUUUAAUUUAUAAGGGGGGUCCACUCAGAGUCUUGCUAUGUGAAAGGGGUCACCAGUAAAAAAAAAAGUUUGAGAACCACUGUGCUAGAAUAUAACAGCACCAUGAAAUUAUGAUCCACUUUUUAAGAAGGUUUUAGCUUUCUGUAUCAUCAGAGGUAGCUAGUGUUCUCUGCAGGGUAGAUGGGGAGUGCCAUAGUAAAGAUACACAAACUUAGUUUAUCUAGAUUUAGGGGGAAAGGGUGGGGGUUAGCAAACAGUAGUCUAACCUCAAUAUCUUUUCUGAUUGUAGGCGCACUCUUAAUCAAUAAUUAAGGGACCAAAUUCUUCUACGGGAGAGAUGUUUAUUUGAAAAAUUAGGGCAAAAUUCUCCCCUCUCAUGAUUCAUACAUUGAAGCUAGACACUGAUAUUUGGUGCUUUGGACAAAACCGAUGAGGGUAAGAAAGCCAAACAUUGGAGCAGCCUUAUGCCAGAUAAAGGCAAAAUUCUCUUCCUGCAUCUAACUGUAAAAUAAGCCUCUCUUAUAGUUUAGUAAAUUGCUUAAUAAUGGUAAUAAGGUAUGUCAGGCAGCCUCUAGAAAUUGCACACUAUUGAUAUGCAGUAGAGAUGAGGCUGAACGUCUGAGUGGGGUUAAUCUUGUAGCAAUAGCAUUAAAUUCCCAGAAAUUCCCUGCCCUUGCUUUGUGCCCAUUGGGAGUCCACUGUUGCAAAGCCAAACUAUGACUGCAAGCAGCUUCUCCAGUGUAGCCAAAAUAAAGUGAGAUGCAUGGGCUGCUUUUCCCAGUGCAUUGUCUGGGGAGCUAAUAUGCUUGUGGUUCCUGCUAAGGACUAGGUUCUGAAAUUCCUACUGGGACAGAAUUCCUGUUUGAAGUCAAACUUGCCAGAGUAAAAACGAUAGGAUCAUCCCCUGGAGUGCAGUGUGACUUGAUCCUCUUGUUCAGGGUGAAGUCAUACUCCAGCUGACAGCGAAGACUUAAUCCUUGCUUGUCCAUUGCUCUGCAAUCAUUGCUCUGCAAAGUGUGGCAGCCCUAUUUGGUUUUUUUUUUCUCAUCAGUAGAUAAUUUAAUAAAAGUAUCUUCUUUCUGAAUCAAAUCAAAUCUAUGAAUUGUGUCAUGUCAGUGUGAGAGCAGAGGCCACCACCAUGACAGCUUGAAAUGUCUGUUUCCUGUUCCGUUUCAUUUGGGGUGAGGAGUUUGCUAGGUGAAGCCUCUCUAGCACCAAAGCAGUAUUGACCUUGGGGUAUUAAGUGAUAGUGCACAGGCUGCAGUUAAUGAAAUUUUCUUCUCUUUCAGCGAUAAAACCAUGGGAAAAUCAAGCAGGGAAGGGGAUAGGCUGUACUGUGUGUCACAAUAGAGUUAGCAGUGGAUCCAGAGAGAGCUGAAGACAAAUGUAUAAUCCUAUACUACAGUAUGUCAGAAUAGGCCAUGGUGUAGGGACACACCAGUUAAUUGGAUUUUCCAUUCUAAACCCUUACCUGCAAGAUGCUCAAUGGCUGCGGCUAAAAACUUCGUAUAUGAGAUUUAACUCCUGCCACUCUGGGAGAAAACAGGAUCCUAGCAGGGAUCAAAGGAUAAGGUAUUUUUUAAAAAUCUGUUUGUUUAUAUGAAAGUGGGAAAAUGGGGAGGGGGGGUGUUACCAUUUGUCGGUGAUCUGGCUGUCCUUGGUAUUUGCUGCACUCCAUAAUUGAAAAAUAAUUAUUUUUAGAAUUGAUGUGCAUAAGGUUGGGACUUUCUACAUAAAAGAAACCAUUUCGUCAUCAAUGACAUUGAGGUUUUAUGUUCAGUCAGGUUUUUUUAAGUUUCGUUUACCCUAAACACACGUUAAGAAAUGAAAUUCAGUUAUCCACAUUCUUAAAACUGCCUGUGGGUGAAAUCUACCCAUUACAGGAUCUGUGGAAAACCAUACAGGCCAUUUAUAUCCCAUGUAAGAGCUUCAGAGCAUAUGGAGUCUUUCAGAGGCCUUCUGUGCUGGGAUGAAUUUCAUCUUCAGUACACACUGGUGGGCUAGAAUGUCACUACCCAGUGAUCACCCAUUUCUUCAAGAAGUUUUUAGACCCAUCUGUAUUUCAGAGCUGGCAUGAACACAGACUCAAUGAAGGAGUCCAAGUUAAAUACAUACAUACUUAAUCUACCAUGAAGGAGUCAAAUUCUGCUCUCAAUUACUAUUGUGGUGUUACCAAAGUAAAAGUGAGUCACUGGGGUUGCAUCAUAAUAACAGAGCAGAAAAAGACCCAAUCUGUCUGUGUAGGUGAGUGCCUAGCACGUAACUGUGCUGAGGGCUGUCAGUAUCUUAUACGAACCAGUCAAGUUGCCUGUGUUGUUGCUGUUCUGCAUUAUGCCUGACUUGGUCAGCGUGAGUGUUGCCACUGACGUGCCUCAGAAUGACCAUGAGCUGAGCCAAAACCUCUGAACUAGGAGAUCAGAACUUCAGUUCUGAUUUAUAAUCUCUCUUGGGCGAAAUCGUAACACUAAUGUAGGUAAAGUUAUUAACAAACAAAUUAUUUGUAUUGCAUUGCUUGAUUCUUAGCUUCACUACUUUUCAGUGGGGCAGAAUAACCUUUCCUCAUCUAACUGGAAAUGGAAAAUAUGAAUGGGCUUAAAAGAGCUGAGGACAUUCCCCAAACAAAGCAGUUCCUCAUGUCUCUCCCUCCCCCCCAUCCUCUCAGCAUUCAUUCACUAGAGCUGAUGGCCAGUAUUCCUCCCUAGAGAAAAACUAGCUUUCCGAAAUGUCAAAUUCUGUAAUUUUAGGGCAACCCCUUCUAAUUUCCAGCUGUCCUUUAACCUGCUGGAGGCUUUAGAAAUAUGCACUAUACAAGUCAUCCUUAAACAUUCAUCUGGCUGACAAGUCUGGGCAAUACCAGCAUUCUAAGGUUAAACACUAGUGGCUGUGGCUCUAAUGCCUACUUGGUUCCUUUUUAAUUUUUUUACAUAGUUCCUUGGUUUUGAUCCAUUGCCUUGGUAAAAUUGCUUAUUGGGUCCCUAAGCCAGCAGAUCAGACAGCACUAGUUCAUAACAAUUAAACCAGAUGAGGCAGUUUCACACGUUAUUUCCAGGGAGACCCUUUCAGAACUUGCUUACAGGGAAACUUCAUUUAUAAAGGAGCAAAUUGGCAAUCCCAAAUUGUUCCAGUGCAUAACAGUGCAAACCUCCCUGUAUAGUGAUAUUAUUAUGCAGUGGGGAAAUGAUUUGAGUAUCAGAAGGUUCCACUUUAGUCAGCCAGAGCCUAUAAUAUGGUUUGCAUUCUGGCUUGGGAGUUACUUCAUACACGGACAUCCCAGCUCAUCUUUGGGAGCAGAGCAUAGUUCUAUAUCUACUGAAUCACUAGAUUUGUCUCCCAUUAAUCAUCAUCGCUGGCAUGACUUCCUGAUGGCAUUUGUGCACUUGAGACAGCAGGUGUUAUUCUCCAGUGUGUUGCAUCUUGUGGGGUCACAUCUGUGCCAAGUUGGUGUCAGAUGCCGCUGUUUUCACCGAGUGGCAUUUGUGCAAAUGGCGUCACAAGUCGCAAAGCAGUGGCCCCGGUGACUUUUGUUCUAGUGACAUUGAGAUGGCCUCUGAACUUACUUUAGCAGAAUGAUCCCCAUGACAGUCUCAUUUUUGUAAAUAAUAUUUAAGUCGCUUUACUGUUGCCACCAUGUACUCUUAGUCUCCAAAGAGCUGGAAUACCGGGGACUCUAACCACACUCUGUCCUGUUGUGUUGGAGAUUUUGCAGCCUUCUAAUCAGGCUUAUGAAUCUGAAUCAUCUCUGAAAUAAAUGUUUUAAAAACAAAACUCUGUGCUGUUUGUUUACCGUUCAGUAACCUAAUAGUAGCCUGCCAGCUCCAUUUACCUCUUACACACAUAGAGCUUUCCGAAUCAAAGUGCUUUUCCCUUCAAGGGUACACAUCUGUUGACAAAACAUCUGCAUUACUGAUUGCAAAUGCAGGACCUAAUGAACAGAGCAUGCACAGUGUAUGCACUCUAGUCCUUGUCAAAUGCAAGAGGUGCAUAUCAAACAAAAAAAAUACAUGGUUUUAGUAUGUGAAAAAUUUGCUUUUGAAUUAUGUUUUUUAUAUCUAAAGAUUUUUUUCAUUUUAUGAUGUACUUUCCAAAGUUCAUUCCCUUAGCUACUUUCAGUUCCAACUGCCAAGACAAUCGUAAAUGUAAAGCAUUAAGCAUAUUGUUAGUCUCUAGAGUUAGCCAUUCUGUUUAGUAAGGAAUAAAACUUUGUGUACAGUUUUUUGGGGGGAGGGGAAUUGUUUUUUAAUAGAUGUGCAGGCUGAUUGUUUACUGAAGUCAGAUUUCUGCUUGGAUUUGACACACUCCGCUUUUCAUUGAUCACAGACAGACUUCAAACUGUCUUUUUUGGUAGGAUUUCCAGCCUUCCCUCAAUCUGUGCAUGAACUUUUGAUCCUGAAAUGGCUUUGUGCUUUCCAGAAUCAUCUUUCUGGAGUUUAAAUGCAUUUGGGUUUGUUGUUUUGUUGGCUUUUGAGCACAUCAAAUAAAAUUGCCCUGUACUUUCCCAGCAUAUCCUAUUUCACCAGACCCAGGAAUUUCACGUAAUGGAAUUCAUCAAAGCUGGAGGAGGGACUUUCCUUGGGAGAUGUUGGGCAAUUUGGAAACAAUCCAUUCUCCCCACUUGAAAUCCAGCCACCUGAAAAGCAACUCUGUGUGUGAACACCAGAGGCUGAGGUUUGAAUUUAUGCUGUUGGGUAACAGAUGAGACCGGUCAUUUUAAAGCUGAGUUUCCGAAUCCAUUAUGAAGAUGUUCAUAAUCCUAUAACGAAUGGUCUCCAGGGCCCUCCCUGUGAAAUCCGGGGUGAUUGUUUAAAGGAUGGUUUGGAUUCUGUGCACGGGAAUGUCUUUCAGGCCCCAGUGAGGUGGUGGGAGAUGAGCCCUUCAGCAUGCCUGUAAGGCAUUUUGGAGGCUGGGAUUCGUUGCUUUAGCCAGCUUUCCAUGCUGAUUUGCUGGUAAAACUUGCUUUGAGGGUGAUGACCAGCAGUCCCCACCAGAAAGAGAGUGGAUAAAAUGCUUAUUUGCCCUAGGUAGGCUUUACAAAUCCUCCCAUUUGUCCUCUACUUGGAGAUCCAGCUCAUCAUCUGAAGGGUGUGGCCUGCCAGGUGCUGGAGCACCCUCAGCAUCCAUUGAAAUUGCUUCAGGUCAAUGGAAGCAGAGGGCAUUCAGCAUUUAGACCCCAAUUUGGCAAAGUACUUAAGCAUGUGCUUAAGUCCAUCCCAAAUUAGCAGAGCUCUUGUGUAUGUUCUUAACUUAAAAUUGAAGUCAAUUCUGUCCAGUAUAGAUACGUGUUCCAGAAUUAGUGCUAAGCACUUUUGCUGAAUGGGGCUGGAUUUUAAGCACAUGCUUAACGUAAAGCAAGUACUUAAGUGCUUUGUUGAAUCAGAGCCAUAUAGUGCUUGACAAAAUCAGGCCCUUAUGAGAUCAUGAGCUUCAGAUAAAGAAAUCUAAUUUAUAAAGCUAAAGGCCAGAGUUUGAUGUCUCCUCCAGAUAAAUGUUUUAUAUUCCCUGAAGUUUUGUACUUGGAAGUGAAGUAUUUGGAUGUGUUUAAAAUAUGACUGUCCUUUUCAGAUGUGAACUUCUGAUUGUUGAUAUAAAAAAGCACAUUUUUGUAAAUGUUAAUGUUUUAAGGAAGUGUAGAAUUAAAAGAGAUUAAAAAAUU